CCGCCUCCUUCCGGCUUCUUCCAGGCCAAGGCAGCAGCUGCAGCCGCCACCGCCGCAGGUUCCACUCCAUUCCGCCCGCUCCGCCAUGGCGCUCCUUCACUCCGCCGCCACCGGCAGCCGCCUCCUGCUUCUCCCGCCGCCCUGCUUGGCCUCCCUCGCCGCCCGAGCCAGCUCCUGGUGGGCUCAUGUGGAGAUGGGACCCCCUGAUCCUAUUUUGGGAGUGACGGAAGCCUUCAAGCGAGACACCAGCAGUAAGAAGAUGAACCUGGGAGUCGGAGCUUACCGAGAUGACAAUGGCAAGCCAUACGUCUUGAACUGUGUCCGCAAAGCAGAAGCUGAGAUAGCUGCAAAGAAGUUGGACAAGGAAUACUUGCCAAUUGCUGGCCUGGCAGAGUUCAACAAGGCGUCAGCUGAGCUGGCUUUGGGAGAGACACACGAGGUUAUUCAGAGUGGCCGGUAUGUCACUGUGCAGACAAUUUCUGGAACAGGAUCUUUAAGAGUUGGUGCCAACUUCUUGCAACGGUUCUUCAAGUCCAGUUGUGACGUGUACCUCCCCAAACCAUCCUGGGGGAAUCACACUCCCAUCUUCAGGGAUGCUGGGAUGCAACUGCAAAGCUAUCGGUACUAUGAGCCCAAAACCUGUGGCUUUGACUUCACUGGAGCUUUGGAUGACAUCUCUAAAAUCCCGGAAAAGAGUAUUGUUCUCUUCCAUGCCUGCGCUCACAACCCAACUGGAGUAGACCCUCGGCCAGAGCAGUGGAAGGAGCUGGCAGCAGCAGUGAAGAAAAGGAACCUCUUUGCCUUUUUCGACAUGGCCUACCAAGGCUUUGCUAGCGGUGAUAUAAACAAAGACGCCUGGGCUGUCCGCCACUUCAUUGAACAAGGCAUUAAUGUUGUGCUGUCCCAGUCAUAUGCAAAGAACAUGGGCCUGUAUGGGGAGCGUGUGGGGGCCUUCACGGUGGUUUGCAAAGACUCCGAUGAGGCCAAGAGAGUGGAAUCGCAGCUGAAGAUUCUGAUCCGCCCCAUGUACUCCAACCCUCCCCUUAAUGGGGCUCGGAUAGCCUCCACCAUCCUGAAUAACCCUGGCCUGCGAAAGGAAUGGCUGGUAGAGGUGAAGGGGAUGGCUGACCGAAUCAUUGGCAUGCGCACCCAGCUAGUGGCAAACCUGAAGAAAGAAGGCUCCCCUCAUAACUGGCAGCACAUCACUGACCAGAUCGGCAUGUUCUGCUUCACAGGACUGAAACCUGAACAGGUGGAGCGGCUCACCAAGGAGUUCUCUGUCUACAUGACCAAGGAUGGCCGCAUCUCUGUUGCUGGAGUCACUUCUGGCAAUGUGGCUUACCUGGCCCAUGCCAUCCACCAAGUCUCCAAGUAAAGCAAAGACAGAAAUGGGUGGACUGACCGGCCUUCCCUUCUGUGCUCUCUGGACACUUUGACUCAGCAGAGGGUGGGUGAGAGGAGGAGACAGCGGCAGCAUCAGCAAGCAAAACUGUUCUUUCCACAACACUUCAACGUCAUUUGAAUGUAUCUCUGUAGCGGCAAGGCCUCAGCCCUCCCUACUCACACUGCUUGGCUCUAGGCAGAGCUGUUGAUGUGUGUUCUCCUCCCUUCAGAAGUAGCCACUUUACCAAAAAUGGAUCCUUGAAUCCUUCAAGAGUUUGUGGCAGAUUUGAUGCAAAUGCUUUAGUGAAUGUCUGCCUGCCGGCAUUUUGUGUGUGGUGGCCUCAUCAUAUGAGUGUCAGGGCAGGGGUGGGGCCCUGCAGGCAUUGUUGGACCACAACUCCCACCAUCCUUGUCCAUUGGCUAUGCUGGCUGGGGCUGAUGGGUGUUGAAGGGCUGCAGCUUCCCUGUUCCUGAGCCAGGGUUCUGCACGACGAGCCUUUCCUUGUCUGCCCUUUUGGACUU